AUGACAACCAUAGACCUUUCACCACCUCAAAUUCGUAGAAAGAAAAAGAAACAGCACAAGCAACAUCAGUCCAGAAAGGGCCUUAUCGGUUCCAAAGCCAUUCAGAAAUUUAGAGACCCUGGCAGCGUCAAUGUUUCCUUCUUUGCUCUAAGUAUCUUUUUAUUUGCGAUAUUUGGUGGUAGCCUUAUCAAGCUGCUAAAGUUUUUCUUCUAA